AUGGAACACGUGCCACCGCCACUCUCAACAACACCUCGACCAGGAGCAGUGGCAGCAGGAGCAGGAUCGGGAUCAGGAAUAGGAGUGGGAGGCCGCCGCUCAAUCCCAUACCCAACGUCGCCCCGCGAUCCCCCACAGAGCCCGUUCAAGCCCACGUCGUCGCUACGGCACCGCCGACAGAGUAGCUCGACGGUCAUGAGCGUGGGGCUGACAAUGUCCCCAGGAAGCAUGUACGAGAUGGAGACCGAGGGUCAUCGACACACGUCGCUGUGGUCCAGGGACGUGGAGGCUGCGAGCCGUAACCUGGGCAAUGCCGUGAGUAGUGGUGGUGGAGGAGGGGGAGGAGGUGGUGGUGGUGGGGUCAUGAGGCAAGACUCAGACGAUGAGGGGUUAGGCAAGAUUUCGCAGGCCAUGACGCUGCUCUCGCUCCACCGUGGUCAGAACGACGCCGACAGCUACGGGCAGUCUUCCACAGCGACUACGCCUCGUUCAGCCAACAUCCCUCCGUCGUGGCCGGAUCCGGAAGAACUCUUGAAGGAGUCGCUGCGGCAGUCGCUGUCGGCGCUGCACGCGCUGGGGCGCAUCAAGGCGCUCAGCGGGCGGCUGCCGGCAGACGAAGAGGUUGAUACGGGCGGUGAGAUUGCGCAGAUCAUGGGCAUUUAUGAUCGUGCGGUUGGGGAGAUGAGGGCUGCGGGGGAGGUGCUGGAUUUGGCGCAGCAGUAUCUGGCGAGGGAGAAAGAGGUGGUACUGGAGCAACUGCUGAAGGGGUAG